CUUAGGUCCAGGCUCCAAAAUGACCUAGCUGCCCCUCUGCUGGAGUAUCCGAACUCGCAGUCAAGUCUGGGAAAGCUCCUGGGAAAGAAAGCAAAAGUGCCCUGCCUGCCAGAGUCCCUGCCCCCGUCCCCGCCUCCAGGGGAACGUCUGCCACUGGAAGGGCUGGCUCCCAGUUCCGCAGCGCUCUGCACCACCACAAGGGCUCCUCUCCUGCCCAGGCAGAGCCCGUCCCCAGUAGCAGCUGUUCCACAUCUGUGCUCCGCGGCUUCCCCUGCCCGGCUGGCACCAUGGGGCUGGAACUCUACCUGGACCUGCUCUCCCAGCCUUCCCGGGCCGUCUACCUCUUUGCCAAGAAGAACAAUAUUCCUUUUGAGUUCAAACAUGUGGAGCUGUUCAAAGAUUCCAUCCUGGGGACCAAAGCGCCAGGAGCAAGCAGCCCAGGUCCAGCCCAGGCAGGGUCGUUGCCCAAGGUCAUCGCAGUCAAGAAGGUCCCUGUCCUGAAGGAUGAGACAUUCCUCUUGGCCGAAGGCACCGCCAUCCUCCUGUACCUGAGCCGCAAGUACAAGACUCCCGACCACUGGUACCCGUCCGACAUUCAGAAGCGGGCCAAGGUGGACGAGUACCUCUCCUGGCACCAGGCCAACAUCCGGGCCAACGCCCCCAAGACCAUGUGGAUCAAGGUGCUGAUCCCUCUCUUCACGGGCCAACCGCUUGCCUCCGAGAAGCUGCAGGAGGUCAUGGAGGGGCUGGCAGCAUCCUUGAAGCAGCUGGAGGAGCGCUUCCUGCAGGACAAGCCCUUCCUGGUGGGCAACGAGAUCUCCCUCGCAGACCUGCUGGCCCUGGUGGAGCUGAUGCAGCCGGUGGGUGUUGGAUGCGACAUCUUUGAGGACAGGCCCAAGCUGGUGGCGUGGCGCGACCGAGUGGAGGAAGCCAUCGGGAAGGAGCUGUUCAUGCAGGCGCAUGGGAUGAUCCUGAACAUCAAAGAGCUGAGCACCAUCCAGAUUAGCCCGCAGCUGAAGGAGCAGCUGGCCCCUGUGCUGCUGAAGAUGAUGAAGUGAAUCAGUAAUAAAAGGGUUUUCGAGGAAGA